UGGAGCGGGUUUUACUCGUGCCAUCCAAGUAAAAACCUGAUCUGGACUGCUCAUCACCAAGUCUGGGAGCCGUGUGUGGAUUAUUGCCGGGUGCCACAUGUCGGAGAAAUGCUUCACACCCCCAGAGUGUGUUGUCGUCAGCGGUCAGUUCCAACCACCGCCUCCUGAAGCGGAUCCGCACCGGAGGGCUCCACAGUUCAGCUCCGGACGAGCGGAGAGGAGGACUCGGCUCCUUCCUUAGGAAGGUGUGAAGACAAACGCCGCCACUUCACUGCAGCUCGGGCAUACGUUUCCCCGGGGAGCGGUCAUUCUUAGUAAAUGCACUUUGCAGCAGUAAUACACCAACAAUUUUCGGUUUUUAUUCUUGCCUUUUUUCGCAUUUGUGAGCGAUCGCUAUGGCAGUUCACUCCACAUCCGGGCUACGAUGCCUUGACUCCAUUACCGUCUAAAACUGGCGAAGAGGUUCAUAAACCUUAUUUUUUUGCAUUUAAAGACACAAUUUUACAACGUGCAUUGGGGGCUGGAACCAAGAGGAGAUGUCUAACCAAGGAGUUCGGCGGAAUGGCCCCGUCAAACUGCGACUAACAGUCCUCUGCGCCAAAAACCUUGUGAAGAAGGACUUCUUCCGCCUCCCUGAUCCCUUUGCCAAGGUGGUUGUGGACGGUUCAGGGCAGUGCCACUCUACAGACACUGUGAGGAACACACUUGACCCCAAGUGGAAUCAACACUACGACCUGUACAUCGGAAAGUCAGAUUCCAUCACUAUCAGUGUGUGGAAUCACAAGAAGAUCCACAAGAAGCAGGGGGCUGGGUUCCUGGGCUGUGUCCGCCUUCUGUCCAACGCUAUCAACCGCUUGAAAGACACCGGCUACCAGAGACUAGACCUGAACAAGCUGAGCCCCAAUGACAGCGACACAGUCAGAGGCCAGAUAGUGGUGAGCCUGCAGUCCAGGGACCGGAUAGGCACAGGAGGCCCAGUGGUGGACUGCAGUCGGCUGUUUGACAAUGAUCUUCCAGAUGGGUGGGAGGAGAGGAGGACUGCGUCUGGGCGAAUCCAGUACUUGAACCACAUCACACGCACCACACAGUGGGAGAGGCCUACCAGGCCUGCAUCGGAGUACUCCAGCCCUGGCCGGCCUCUCAGCUGCAUUGUGGAUGAGAACACACCGGUCAGCACAAACGGGGCCACACCUACCACAGCAUUGCCGUCUAGCGAUGGUGAUCAGCGGGCCCAGGAGAGACGAGUCCGAUCCCAGAGGCACCGCAACUACAUGAGCAGAACCCACCUGCACACGCCCCCAGACCUCCCAGAGGGAUACGAGCAAAGGACUACACAGCAAGGCCAGGUGUACUUCCUCCACACUCAAACAGGUGUCAGCACAUGGCACGAUCCCAGAGUACCCAGAGAUCUGAGUAACGUGAACUGUGAGGAACUGGGUCCUCUACCUCCAGGAUGGGAGAUACGGAACACAGCCACCGGGAGGGUUUACUUUGUCGACCACAACAACCGAACCACACAGUUCACAGACCCACGCCUCUCCGCCAACCUGCAUCUAGUCCUAAAUCCAAGUCCCAAUGGUUCUCGAGGAGGUAUCGAAAGUCAGAAUGUCAGGUGAGGUUUGGGCUUCGUGCCACUGCACACAAACAAGCGCACACAGUCUCAGACAUU